UUCUUGAUUGAUUGAUUGACUGACACAUUAUCAUACUACUCCAAUGUAAAAAUAUGAUGAACAACCGGAAGUGUCUGAUAAAAUCGAAGUGAUUGUGAAAAAUCAAUACUAUCUUUCCCUCGAGAUAAAAUUCGAAUCGGUCCCUGAGACUCAGCCAAUUCGCUGUCAAUUGGCGUCGACAGCACUUCCAAUUGUCAUUUAAUAAAAAAUAAUGAAGUUUGCCAUAUUGAUGCUGUGUCUGACCAUUGUGCACUCUUCAUUCUUGUCAAAUGACAUAGCAAAGAUGAAGUACUACAGAUCAUUGAUUGAUCACCUUCACAGAGAGAACUACGCUAAAGGAGUUUUAAUAAUAUCAAAUGUAGAUUAUAACUGUUUUGACGAGAUGACCUUCUGGCACGAGACAUCGAGAAAAAUGUCCAAUCGGGGAAUUGCAACGGACAUCGUGAACUUCAAAGUCUUAAAGCAAAAUUUACCCUUCUAUACUAAUCAAAUUAGACACAUACUGUUUGUCAUUAUUAUCCAGAACAUGGAUGAAGUGAAUCUUUUCGCUGAAAUCAACUUCAAUUCGAAUUGGAGCGAGAGCCCAUGGGUGAUACUGUUCUCAGGAAACAAUAACCAAGAUGUUUGUGAAUUUUGUCGUGAACCGCAUAGAAACGUGUUCAAUUUGAAAUUCAAUUCAGAUAUUGUUGUUGUCUGUUGUAACUCGACUGAUAUCAAUGAAUGGUGGUCGGCCACUGGUGAUUAUACUCAGGUACGAAAAUUGGCCCAGUGCAUUGAUGAGGAACGAGGGAUCGAGUGGUUUCCGAAAAAGUCCCUAUAUGAACGCAGAACCUCUCUGGAAGGUCGACCACUCCGAAUUGGAAUAGUCAAACGAUCCACUGACAUUUGGAUAGAUCAGGGUGAUUUUAAUGGAUAUUUGGGAAAAGUUUUGAAAGCCCUGUCCCAGCUGAUGAACUUCACGAUAUCAACUGUGAUAAGUGAACACUCCUACGGAACCUGGGAUCCUGAAUUAUCAGAAUGGACGGGUGCUCUGGGAAGACUCCAGCGAAAUGAAGUUGACAUGGUUGUUUCAUCAUUCAUAAUGACUGCAGACCGUUUCCGUGUGGCCGAUUUUACCAUUCCCACUGUCUACGAGAACUCACGAUUGUACUUUAAAAAACCUGGAGUGACAACCGUACAAUGGAAUGCCUACUUCAAGGCAUUCAGCACAGAUGUCUGGCUUGUGAUAAUUGCUCUGAUUCUCAUAGUGCCUCUCCUCCUGACUAUCAUCCAAUCUACUGAAAGAUUAUGUUUUUUUCCGCUAGUCUUCGAGCAUUAUCUAUCUGUCUGGGGUAUUUACUGCCAGCAAGGACUGCCAGAACUACCCGAAAAAACACCCUUGAGAAUAGUCUAUACAUCAGCAUUUCUAUCUGCUCUGAUUAUCACCAUGGCGUAUUCCGCGUCCCUAACGAGUUUCCUCGCUGUCUCUCUAUCACCUUUGCCGUUUAAGACAAUGGAUGAAUUUGCCAAGCUGGGAACUUACGAAUUAAUAGCCAUCAUUGACAGCGCCGAUUACGUUUGGUUAAAGGAGUACCGUGGAAAACAAGUGGAAAAAUUAGUGAAAAAACUCAUAAAGCCACGAGAAUUACACCCUCAGAGUAUCCCUGAAGGAUUCCUACAGAUUUGUAAAGAGAAAGUGGCAUUUCACACCACGUACGAGUACCGAGAGGGUUACAAUAUUCCUUACAUUCCCUGUGAAAUCGCAUUCGUCAAGACUCGAAAGGUUCAAGCAUCAGGGGUACUGAUGCCCCAUCGGAGCGAGUUCACAGCCUACGUAAAUCACUGUAUUCAACGAUUGAAGUACAGCGGACUGCUUGAUCGAUGGAAAAAAGAGUUUAUACGCCGAACAAACAAACUACCGGAGAUUUAUCAUCCAUCAGUGCCGCUGGAUGGUGUCACACCGGUUUUGGGUAUUUUGACUGCUGGAGUCCUAAUCGCGAUUAUUGUUUUAUCGAUCGAACGAAUUGUUCAUCGCAGCCGAUUACGACAUAAACAAAUAAAUAUCCUACAUGCGAAACCGUUACAACGUAUCUCCUAGAUUCUCGGGAUAUUCAUCAAAUCUCAGUAAUUUCAAAAUGCAAUUGAUUAAUGCUCGACUUUAGAUUAAACACAAUAAAAAACAUCAAUACUUCUCAAUUUACUCAAAUCGAAAAAUUUUUUAUAAU